GUUCGCUAUAUCUUGAGCUAAUGAGUAUUACAUGAUGAUAAUCAGCCUCCCACUAUAUAUUUGGAUUUUACAGAAAAGACUCAAUGAAACCCUUAAAAGGGAUAACAUGACUGGCAUGACAGACACYGAAAUAAGGGAUAAUUUGAUAGAGUUACACGUGUAYUAUGCAGAUCUGGACUAUGCUCACGUAGAGGAAACCCCAAAAUAUGAGUUUCAGGACAUAAUAUCCAAUGUUGGUGGUCAGUUGGGGAUGUGGAUUGGUGUCUCCGCUCUCUCUAUAGCUGAAGUCAUUGAGCUCUUCAUUAUUGUAUUCAACUUUCUUAUCAACAAA